AUGAGUUUAUUUGCGGAUCGUAAGGCGGCGAUGGUUGGUGUCAUUAUGGAUGCAGCCGCUGUGAUUAGGCUCAAAGGAGCUACCGAUGAGGUCGCUGCGGAAGUUGCUGCUGAAGAAGCACCAUUAUUUGUAUCUAGGCACUUGUACCAGCAAAGAGCAGAGCAUUUAGAGAAGAAAAAAAGGUUUAAUAUGACAAUCGAGGAUGGAGGUGUCUUGAAUGAAGACUACGAAUUAAGCGAUGAAGCAAAAGAAAAGACCUCCGAUUUCUCGGUAUCCACUUAUCAUUUUGAUAGUAAGGACUAA